AUGGGAAAUAGUUCAAGACAUUAAAAUCAAUAAGGAAUUCAAUCCUCAUAAUAAACAAAGUAAAUCAAUAAAUCAGAAAGUGAAUUGAUCAAAUAUUUAGCUUAAAGUAUGUUUAAAUAGACAUUUAGGUUGUUCAACAUUUCCAUCAUCAAUAACAAAAAACCCUGAGUUCAAGGCAUAAAAAGUAAAUUGUCUAAGAUGCAAUCAUAUAUUAUUUGAUGAUGGAUUGGGAAGAACUAACAAAUGUGAAGAAUGCCAAAUUCCGUAUGUUAUAAAAGAUGGAGUGAUUACUCUCUUGAAUCAUAACCAAGAUGUUCAAUGUUGUCCAUAUGGUUUCCCAUUAUAGCAUUUAGAUUCUGUUGUAUUACGAGUGAAUCAGUAUUAUUAGUCAUGACAAAUUUUUAGGAACUGUAUUAAUCACAUUUCUUAUGGACAGUUGAUGAGCCAAAUUAUAUUGCCAUUCUUUGAGAAGAGAGAAAGAAUAAUUACAUCAGGAGCUUGUUUCAAUAUUGACUAGUUUGAGUUUCGAGUGGUUGGAUGUGGUUCAUAACUAUAAGGCAUUGUGAGUACUGGUACAAAGAUAUAUUGUUAUGAAUCAUAUACAGAUAGAAUCCUUUACAAAUUGAAAAUAUAUACUCAAAGAAAAAACUUUUAAGAUGAACUUUUUCAUUAUUUUUUUUCUCAUCCAAAAGAGAACUAAAUCAUUUAGGGUAAUAUGAUAUUAGUAUUAUGUUAGAUUCAUACAUAAAAAUUAAUAAUCAGGAAUAUUUUGUAUUGCAAUGUACUGAAUAAUCAGGGAGAUUGCAUUUAUAUACUAAAAUGGAGUGUAUUUCAAAUGUACCUAGAUUGUCUUAGGUUUAAUUCAUUAUUUUGAAGCAACCAAUAGAAUUUUCUCAUAAUAAUAGAAAUUAUGCAAUGUAAUAAGUAUUAAAUUAUGUUGUUCAUCCAUAUUUUGCAGGAUUAACUAGAUAUUUAGAAAAGGGGUAGAUUUUAAGGAUUGGUGAUUUCAUUUUUGAAGUAUGUUUAUAGGAAGAUUAUGGAUUUGUAAUUCCUAAUUAGACACAUAUUUAAAUAACAGAUUAAAUAGAUUAAAGAAUGAAUCUAUAACAAUUUUAAUCACUUAAAACUACAAUAUAAUAAGCAGAUCAAUUAAUAAUUAAAAUAAUGAUAGAUAAGAUUAGAUUGAAUCCUUACAUAGAUUAUUGAA